AUGUUGCAGCAACGCCGACGGGAACGCAAACCGAACAAACCCGGCCUGGGUGUUGCAGGCAUCCUGUUGAUUGCCAUCGGAUUAGUGGGAAAACUUUGCACCGCAAAUGGGGCCACUACCGUCCACCGGCGGAACGCUGCGCUGGGCAAAUCGGCAUCCACGCCUGCACAGCUCUACUUUGAUGCCAUUGCACCGGAAGAUCGAGAAAACUUCAUCAAAUACCAUCUGGACAAGGCGCUGGAAGGGCGUUUACCUCAUCACACCAGCACCAUACCGAGGGACUUUGAGUUCGUUACCUACCAGCACAAGCAAACCGAAAGUCAUCAGCAUACCACCAGAUCCUUGCAGUUGGAAAAACCCACUGGCACGAAACGUUCAUCACCGAUCGUUGCUGGUCACCCGUCGUUCAUUAGAUAUUCGAUCGUCUGCUACCGGUCCGGAUGCAUCGACACGAGUGACAUCGGUAACAUCUGCUGCCCGUUCUGA